AUGGAAGCUUGUCACUUAUUACUUGGAAGACCAUGGGUGUAUGAUAGGUGUGCUAAAUAUGAUGAAGACCUUAAUACCUAUUCUUUUACAGAGGAUGGACGUAAGAUUAUUUUAGUGCCGUUGAAUCCCCAAGAAUUUGCUAAAAAUCUAAAGUUCAACGAUGAUUCUUUUUUGACCAAAUUACAAAUAAUUGGUCCAAUCAAUAGAGAAAAGUCUUUGAACUUCAGUCCAAUCAAGAAGGAGGAGCAUGAACUGGAUCUACAAGUUGAGGAUUUACCUCCGAAGUUUGAUGAUGAUCCGUUGGAGCAUCCUAUAUAUGAGCUUAAAUUUUCACCUAAUAGAGAUGCUCAACAUAAUAUUAAUUUGAUUGUUGAUUCUAUCCUUCCAAACGAGGCAACAUAUUGCAUUAAUCCAAAAGUUCAUGAAAUUUUGCAAACACAAGAGAAAUGA